CAUCAUUCUCUGUCUAUCGUUUUUCCUCGCUCUCUUCUUCCCCAAUAUUAUAUACUCGCAUUUGUUCAAACAUUGCCCGACCGAUAUCGUCGUGAGAAGAAACCGAGACAGGCCCUAGCCUGCAGAAUCCGAGACAAUUGAUUUUGCCUUCUUCCUUCCAAUCGGUCGUGAAAUGGGGUCCUCAUCAUCAAAGUCGUCUAGUUUUGUUCUCUCUAAUCUUCUGCCAACAAAAUUUGGCCUUUGACUUCCUCCCCGCGUUCCAUUCUCUUUCAUCAUCAUCUACCGCCUCUACUUCCAUAAGGCCGUUGGGUAUGCAUUCCAUACAGACAACUGGACGAAAGACUUGCAGGCCGUUAGGAAUGAACAUCCAGACACUUUGACAAACGAGUUGGGACGAAACCUGAUCUUCUACCAUGAUAAAAUUUUAGAAUGGGGUGUGGAUCACUAGACUACGUCAUAUGACAUUUAGAUGGAAUCUAAUCAAUUACUUAGUUGAGCUCAAGAGUUUGUAUGUCAAUUACUUGUUUUUUAUUUUUGAUGUGAGAUAAUCUAACAUGUGCCUUAUUCGAAUGUUAUAUGUUCAAUUAUACGGCUCAUGAUUAACACUAGACGUGAUAUUGCUUAUGUUAUCAUUUGUUUGAGGUUGGACACGGUACCGGUUCAGUACCGUUACUGGCGUCGAUACCGGUUCGAAUUCAACCAGAUUUUUUCUGGUAGAGGGGACGCGAAUCUCCCCACUCUUGAUAGUCUAUUCGAGAAUGUUGAUGAAGCAGGACUGGAUAAUCUUGACAGGGACGAUGAGCCUACACCGCAAAGCAACGAUGUCGACGUGGAGGCAGGUGAGCCCGAGACCUCUCGAGGUUUGGACAAAGUUUCCGGCGGAUAUGGCGGUCCGGAAAAACACCUAAGGUCGAGGCAUCCCGUGGAGUAGGCCAAAUACGCGGCGAAAAAGAAGGGACGACAAGAAGUGCAAACCCAAAUUUCUCCGUCCUGGUAUCAACUGUCCCGGUAUCAACCGUAGCAGUUGAACGAGAAUUCAGUUCUGGCGGCAACAUUCUAACCGACUACCGAAGUUGUCUUAACGCUAAAUCUUUUGAAACACUGGUUUGCAACCAAGAUUGGCUCUUGGCAAGACGUCGAGCUCAAGAGUCAUCGUACCAACUCGAAUCGGAGCAUUACAUGAAUGCAACUACAGAUGGAAGUCCGAGUUCUGAAGAAUAAGUUAUAAAAUUUUUUUAUGUUA